AUGUCGUCGGUGAUCAACCUGGUGAACACCAUUGUUGGCGCGGGCAUUCUGGCCAUGCCGUUUGCGCUGAGGCAGAACUCGCUUUUCCUGGGCGUCUUUCUCAUUAUCAUGUCCGGCUCUCUGUCGGGCUUUGGUCUUUUCCUCCAGGGCCGAUGUGCAUUCUACGCUCCCGCUAGACAGGCGUCCUUCUUUGCGCUGGCAUCCCAGACCUACCCGUCGCUGAGCGUCAUCUUCGACAUUGCCAUCGCCGUCAAGUGUUUCGGUGUUGGCGUCUCGUACCUCAUCAUUGUGGGCGACCUCAUGCCCCAGGUGGUGCAAUCACUGUUCAACCCCGGAGAUAACACGCAGUUUAUCGUGAGCCGCGAGUUUUGGAUUCUGGCGUCCGUCGCCAUCGUCGUUCCGUUGUCGUACCUGCGAAAAAUCGACUCGCUCAAGUACACGUCGCUGGUAGCGCUCAUCUCUGUGGGCUAUCUCAUUGUGCUGGUGGUGGCCUACUACCUCUUCUCGGACAUUUCCUCCACCCGCGCUCCCAUCUCGCUCUUUAAGCCCGCCAAGAUCUCCAACGUGCUAUCUUGCUUCCCCAUCAUUGUCUUUGCAUUCACCUGCCACCAGAACAUGUUUUCCAUUGUCAACGAGCUGCAGCACCGAACCGCCGCCAACAUCAACCGAGUCGUUGCCACCUCCAUCUCCUUCUCGGCCUUCUGCUACUGCCUCGUUGGAGUCACGGGCUACCUGUCCUUCGGAAACAUUGUGUCUGGAAACAUUGUGUCUAUGUACCCAUCGUCUGUCGCCACUGAGAUUGCUCGUUUUUGCAUUGCGUUCAUGGUGGUUCUGUCAUACCCGCUACAAUGCCACCCCUGCCGAGCCUCGCUGGACCAUACCUAUUCGUGGUUUCAGUCCAGCGGAUUUGUCAAAUCUUUGGCACACAAGGUGUCCUGGAGCAGACUUCCGUCUUCGGAAGAAGAGAUGGUUCACCCUACUAGCGGCGGCCAACCCGGUUCCAUGACCACCGCACGGUUUGGAAUCGUAACCACUAUCAUUGUGGUAGCCAGUUACAUCACCGCUUUGACUGUGGAGUCGCUGGAACUCAUGCUGGCGUUUGUGGGAAGCACAGGCUCCACGUCCAUCUCGUUCAUUCUGCCCGGUCUAUUCGCCUACAAGCUGAUUGGAGCAGACGCGAGCAACUCAGAAGACUGGCUCAAAUGGUCCGGCCUGGCAUUGUGUCUGUACGGAGUUCUUGUCAUGAUUGUCUCGUUAGGCAUCAACAUCUACCUGUUGCUCUGA